CGCAACGAAUACGUCGUUGUUUCAUCUUCUUUUCUAAUUUUAUUAGCGCCAAAUUCGUAACAAAAAAUAGCAGCACAGUAGAUUCCUGAAAAUUUUUAAUAAUUGUUGUGCAUUAAUUUUUUAACCCUCUACUGUUCGGGGCCAACGUAGAGAAACUUGUAUCAAAUAUGGGUCAAAUUGCGGGAACUCUCACCACCCGUCACUUGGAUCUCCAUCAAGAUGACAAACCCACUUUUGACCCACAAGUUGGAUUUGAUUUCGAACGAAAACAAAGAGUGAUGAUAGCUAAGGACGAUGACUUGGUAUCGGCUCGUAUUCCACCAGAGAAGAGGGACUACUGCGCACAUUACUUAUUGGACUAUCAAGUCUGUCGGUACAAGAACAUGCCCAUGUUGUACAAGUGUGCCCAUGAGAGACACAAUUAUUUGAACUGCGAACACCAAGAUUAUGUUCUGCGUAUGAAGGAGUUUGAGCGUGAACGUCGCCUCAGAAUUCGAGAAAAUCGUCUUGUUGGAACUGCUGCAUAAAUAAAUUGAAUUAAAUACCUAAUAGGAACUGAUUUGUUUCUACAUAAUUUAUGUAAAUGUAAAUAGAAAAUAAAGAUUAAAAAAUAUUA